GCGAGCCCUGCCGGCUGCUUGGCUUCAGACCCGCCGGGCUCCCGCCGCGCGCGCUGUCCCUGGAGCGCGGGGACGCGGCCCGGAGCCGGGAAGAUGGCGAAGCGGCUCUGCGCGGGGAGCGCACUGUGUGUCCGCGGCCCCCGGGGCCCCGCGCCGCUACUGCUGGUCGGGCUGGCGCUACUGGGCACGGCGCGGGCGCGGGAGGAGGCGGGCGGUGGCUUCAGCCUGCACCCGCCCUACUUCAACCUGGCCGAGGGCGCCCGCAUCGCCGCCUCCGCAACCUGCGGGGAGGAGGCCCCGGCGCGCGGCUCCCCGCGCCCCACCGAGGACCUUUACUGCAAGCUGGUGGGGGGCCCCGUGGCCGGCGGCGACCCCAACCAGACCAUCCAGGGCCAGUACUGUGACAUCUGUACGGCUGCGAACAGCAACAGGGCACACCCCGCGAGCAACGCCAUCGAUGGCACAGAGCGCUGGUGGCAGAGCCCACCCCUGUCCCGCGGCCUGGAGUACAACGAGGUCAACGUCACCCUGGACCUGGGCCAGGUCUUCCACGUGGCCUACGUCCUCAUCAAGUUUGCCAACUCACCGCGGCCGGACCUCUGGGUGCUGGAGCGGUCCAUGGACUUCGGCCGCACCUACCAGCCCUGGCAGUUCUUUGCCUCCUCCAAGAGGGACUGUCUGGAGCGGUUUGGGCCACAGACUCUGGAACGCAUCACACGGGACGACGCGGCCAUCUGCACCACCGAGUACUCGCGCAUCGUGCCCCUGGAGAAUGGAGAGAUCGUGGUGUCCCUGGUGAAUGGGCGCCCAGGCGCCAUGAAUUUCUCCUACUCGCCGCUGCUGCGUGAGUUCACCAAGGCCACUAACAUCCGCCUGCGCUUCCUGCGCACCAACACGCUGCUGGGCCACCUCAUGGGGAAGGCGCUGCGAGACCCCACGGUCACCCGCCGGUAUUAUUACAGCAUCAAGGACAUCAGCAUCGGAGGCCGCUGUGUCUGCCACGGCCACGCGGAUGCCUGUGAUGCCAAAGACCCCACAGACCCGUUCAGGCUGCAGUGCACCUGCCAGCACAACACCUGCGGGAGCACCUGUGACCGCUGCUGCCCCAGCUUCAACCAGCAGCCGUGGAAGCCUGCGACUGCCAGCAGUGCCAAUGAGUGCCAGUCCUGCAACUGCCACGGCCACGCCACCGACUGUUACUACGACCCUGAGGUGGACCGGCGCCAUGCCAGCCAGAGCCUGGAUGGCACCUAUCAGGGCGGGGGUGUCUGUAUCGACUGCCAGCACCACACCACCGGCGUCAACUGUGAGCGCUGCCUACCAGGCUUCUACCGCUCUCCUGACCACCCGCUUGACUCGCCCCACGUCUGCCGCCGCUGCAACUGCGAGUCCAACUUCACGGAUGGCACCUGCGAGGACCUGACGGGUCGCUGCUACUGCCAGCCCAACUUCUCUGGGGAGCGGUGCGACGUGUGUGCCGAGGGCUUCACGGGCUUCCCAAGUUGCUACCCGACGCCCUCGUCCUCCAAUGACACCAGGGAGCAGGUGCUGCCAGCCGGCCAGAUUGUGAAUUGUGACUGCAGCGCGUCAGGGACCCAGGGCAACGCCUGCCGGAAGGACCCAAGAGUGGGACGCUGCGUGUGCAAACCCAACUUCCAAGGCACCCAUUGUGAGCUCUGCGUGCCAGGGUUCUAUGGCCCCGGCUGCCAGCCCUGCCAGUGUUCCAGCCCUGGAGUGGCCGAUGACCGCUGUGACCCUGACACAGGCCAGUGCAGGUGCCGAGAGGGCUUCGAGGGGGCCACAUGUGAUCGCUGUGCCCCUGGCUACUUCCACUUCCCUCUCUGCCAGUUGUGCGGCUGCAGCCCUGCAGGAACCCUGCCCGAGGGCUGUGACGAGGCCGGCCGCUGCCCAUGCCAGCCUGGGUUUGCUGGACCUCAUUGUGACCAGUGCCACCCUGGCUACCACGGUUUCCCCAACUGCCAACUGUGCACCUGCGAUCCCCGGGGAGCCCUGGACCAGCUCUGCGGGGCAGGAGGUUUGUGUCACUGCCGCGCCGGCUACACAGGCACCGCCUGCCAGGAAUGCAGCCCCGGCUUCCAUGGCUUCCCGAGCUGUGUCCCCUGCCACUGCUCUGCCGAAGGCUCCCUGCACGCAGCCUGCGACCCCCGGAGUGGGCAAUGCAGCUGCCGGCCCCGCGUGACGGGGCUGCGGUGUGACACAUGUGCGCCAGGUGCCUACAACUUCCCUUACUGCGAAGCUGGCUCUUGCCAUCCUGCCGGUCUGGCUCUGGUGGAUCCUGCCCUUCCUGAGGCACAGGCUCCCUGUGUGUGCCGGGCUAACGUGGAGGGGCCGAGCUGUGACCGCUGCAAACCUGGGUUCUGGGGACUAAGCCCCAGCAACCCCGAGGGCUGCACCCGCUGCAGCUGCGACCCCAGGGGCACGCUGGGUGGAGUUACUGAGUGCCAGCCAGGCACCGGCCAGUGCUUCUGCAAGCCCCACGUGUGUGGCCAGGCCUGUGCAGCCUGCAGGGACGGCUUCUUUGGACUGGAUCAGGCUGACUAUUUCGGCUGCCGCAGCUGCCGGUGUGACGCUGGCGGUGCCCUGGGCCAGAGCUGUGAACCGAGGACGGGUGCCUGCCGGUGCCGCCCCAACACCCAGGGCCCCACCUGCAGCCGGCCUGUGAGGGACCACUACCUCCCGGACCUGCACCACCUGCGCCUGGAGCUGGAGGAGGCCGCCACACCUGAGGGUCACGCUGUGCGCUUUGGCUUCAACCCCCUUGAGUUCGAGAACUUCAGCUGGAGGGGCUACGCGCAAAUGGCACCUGUCCAGCCCAGGAUCGUGGCCAGGCUGAGCCUGACCUCCCCCGACCUUUUCUGGCUUGUCUUCCGAUACGUCAACCGGGGGGCCGUGAGUGUGAGCGGGCGGGUCUCUGUGAGAGAGGAGGGCAGGUCGGCCGCCUGCGCCAACUGCACAGCGCAGAGCCAGCCCGUGGCCUUCCCGCCCAGCACAGAACCUGCCUUUGUCACUGUGCCCCAGAGGGGCUUCGGAGAGCCCUUCGUGCUGAACCCUGGCACCUGGGCCUUGCUUGUGGAGGCUGAAGGGGUGCUCCUGGACUACGUGGCUCUGCUGCCUAGUGCAUACUACGAGGCAGCACUCCUGCAGCUGCGGGUGACCGAGGCCUGCACGUACCGCCCCUCUACCCAGCAGUCUGGCGACAACUGCCUCCUCUACACACACCUCCCCCUGGAUGGCUUCCCCUCGGCCGCGGGGUUGGAGGCCCUGUGUCGCCAGGACAACAGCCUGCCCCGGCCCUGCCCCACGGAGCAGCUCAGCCCAUCGCACCCACCACUGGUCACCUGCACAGGCAGUGAUGUGGAUGUCCAGCUUCAGGUGGCAGUGCCACAGCCGGGCCGCUACGCCCUGGUGGUGGAGUAUGCCAAUGAGGAUGCCCGCCAGGAGGUGGGUGUGGCCGUGCACACCCCACAGCGGGCGCCCCAGCAGGGGCUGCUCUCCCUGCACCCCUGCCUGUACAGCACCCUGUGCCGGGGCACUGCCCGGGAUACCCAGGACCGCCUGGCCGUCUUCCACCUGGACUCAGAGGCCAGCGUGAGGCUCACAGCUGAGCAGGCACGCUUCUACCUGCACGGGGUCACUCUGGUGCCCAUGGAGGAGUUCAGCCCGGAGUUCGUGGAGCCCCGGGUCCGCUGCAUCAGCAGCCACGGAGCCUUUGGUCCCAGCAGUGCCGCCUGUCUGCCCUCGCGCUUCCCGAAGCCGCCCCAGCCCAUCAUCCUCAGGGACUGCCAGGUGAUCCCGCUGCCGCCCGGCCUUCCGCUGACCCACGCACAGGACCUCACGCCAGCCACGUCCCCAACCAGACCCCAGCCUCGGCCGCCCACCGCCGUGGACCCUGAUGUGGAGCCCACUUUGCUGCGUGAGCCCCAGGCCACCGUGGUCUUCACCAACCAUGUGCGCACGCUGGGCCGCUACGCCUUCCUGCUGCACGGCUACCAGCCCGCCCACCCCACCUUCCCCGUGGAAGUCCUCAUCAACGCCGGCCGCGUGUGGCAGGGCCAUGCCAAUGCCAGCUUCUGUCCACAUGGCUACGGCUGCCGCACCCUGGUGGUGUGUGAGGGCCAGGCCCUGCUGGACGUGACCCACAGCGAGCUCACUGUGACUGUGCGUGUGCCCGAGGGCCGCUGGCUCUGGCUGGAUUAUGUCCUCGUGGUCCCUGAGAACGUCUACAGCUUUGGCUACCUCCGGGAGGAGCCCCUGGACAAAUCCUAUGACUUCAUCAGCCACUGCGCAGCCCAGGGCUACCACAUCAGCCCCGGCAGCUCAUCCCUGUUCUGUCGAAAUGCUGCUGCCUCCCUCUCCCUCUUCUAUAACAACGGAGCCCGGCCAUGUGGCUGCCACGAAGUAGGUGCUACAGGCCCCACGUGUGAGCCCUUCGGGGGCCAGUGUCCCUGCCGUGCCCACGUCAUUGGCCGUGACUGCUCCCGCUGUGCCACUGGAUACUGGGGCUUCCCCAACUGCAGGCCCUGUGACUGCGGCGCCCGCCUCUGUGACGAGCUCACGGGCCAGUGCAUCUGUCCACCACGCACCGUCCCGCCCGAGUGCCUGCUGUGCCAGCCCCAGACCUUUGGCUGCCACCCCCUGGUCGGCUGUGAGGAGUGUAACUGCUCAGGGCCCGGUGUCCAGGAGCUCACAGACCCUACCUGUGACACAGACAGCGGCCAGUGCAAGUGCAGACCCAAUGUGACCGGGCGCCGCUGUGAUACCUGCUCUCCGGGCUUCCAUGGCUACCCCCACUGCCGCCCCUGUGACUGUCACGAGGCGGGCACUGCGCCUGGUGUGUGUGACCCCCUCACAGGACAGUGCUACUGUAAGGAGAAUGUGCAGGGCCCCAGAUGUGACCAGUGCAGCCUUGGGACCUUCUCCCUGGAUGUUGCCAACCCCAAAGGUUGCACCCGCUGCUUCUGUUUUGGGGCCACGGAGCGCUGCCGGAGCUCGUCCUACACCCGCCAGGAGUUCGUGGACAUGGAGGGCUGGGUGCUGCUGAGCACUGACCGGCAGGUGGUGCCCCACGAGCGGCGGCCAGGGACAGAGAUGCUCCGUGCAGACCUGCGGCACGUGCCCGAGGUGGUGCCUGAGGCCUUCCCCGAGCUGUACUGGCAGGCCCCACCCUCCUACCUGGGGGACCGGGUGUCAUCCUACGGUGGGACCCUCCGUUAUGAACUGCACUCGGAGACCCAGCGGGGAGAUGUCUUUGUCCCCACGGAGAGCAGGCCGGAUGUGGUGCUGCAGGGCAACCAGAUGAGCAUCACAUUCCUGGAGCCGGCAUACCCCGUGCCCGGCCACAUUCACCGUGGGCAGCUGCAGCUGGUGGAGGGGAACUUCCGGCACACGGAGACUCGCAACACUGUGUCCCGUGAGGAGCUCAUGAUGGUGCUUGCCAGCCUGGAGCAGCUGCAGAUCCGUGCCCUCUUCUCGCAGAUCUCCUCGGCUGUCUCCCUGCGCAGGGUGGCACUGGAGGUGGCCAGCCCAGCAGGCCAGGGUACCCUGGCCAGCAAUGUGGAGCUGUGCCUGUGCCCCGCUAGCUACCGGGGGGACUCAUGCCAGGAAUGUGCCCCUGGCUUCUAUCGGGACGUCAAAGGUCUCUUCCUGGGCCGAUGUGUCCCUUGUCAGUGCCACGGACACUCAGACCGCUGCCUCCCUGGCUCUGGCAUCUGUGUGGAUUGCCAGCACAACACCGAAGGAGCUCAAUGUGAGCGCUGCCAGGCUGGCUUCGUGAGCAGCAGGGAGGACCCCAGUGCCCCCUGUGUCAGCUGCCCCUGCCCCCUCUCAGUGCCUUCCAACAACUUCGCCGAGGGCUGUGUCCUGCGAGGCGGCCGCACCCAGUGCCUCUGCAAACCUGGUUAUGCAGGCGCCUCCUGUGAGCGGUGUGCGCCCGGCUUCUUCGGGAACCCGCUGGUGCUGGGCAGCUCCUGCCAGCCUUGUGACUGCAGCGGCAAUGGUGACCCCAACCUGCUCUUCAGCGACUGCGACCCCCUGACGGGUGCCUGCCGUGGCUGCCUGCGCCACACCACUGGGCCACGCUGCGAGAUCUGUGCCCCCGGCUUCUAUGGCAACGCCCUGCUGCCCGGCAACUGCACCCGGUGCGACUGUACCCCAUGUGGGACAGAGGCCUGCAACCCCCAGAGCGGGCAAUGCCUGUGCAAGGCGGGUGUGACUGGGCAGCGCUGUGACCGCUGUCAGGAGGGACAUUUUGGCUUCGAAGGCUGCGGGGGCUGCCGCCCGUGUGCUUGUGGACCGGCCGCCGAGGGCUCCGAGUGCCACCCCCAGAGCGGACAGUGCCACUGCCGACCAGGGACCAUGGGACCCCAAUGCCGCGAGUGUGCCCCUGGCUACUGGGGGCUCCCUGAGCAGGGCUGCAGGCGCUGCCAGUGCCCUGGGGGCCGCUGUGACCCUCACACGGGCCACUGCACCUGCCCCCCAGGGCUCAGUGGGGAGCGCUGCGACACCUGCAGCCAGCAGCAUCAGGUGCCCGUUCCAGGUGGGCCUGGGGACCACAGCGUCCACUGUGAAGUGUGUGACCACUGUGUGGUCCUGCUCCUGGACGACCUGGAACGGGCCGGCACCCUCCUCCCCGCCAUCCGCGAGCAACUGCGUGGCAUCAAUGCCAGCUCUGUGGCCUGGGCCCGUCUGCACAGGCUGAACGCCUCCAUCACUGACCUGCAGAGCCAGCUCCGGAGCCCCCUGGGCCCCCGCCACGAGACGGCACAGCAGCUGGAGGUGCUGGAGCAGCAAAGCACAAGCCUGGGGCAGGAUGCACAGCAGCUGGGCAGCCAGGCCGCGGGGACCCGAGACCAGGCGAGCCGAUUGCUGGCUGGCACCGAGGCCACGCUGGGCCGGGCGAAGACGCUGUUGGCAGCUAUCCGGGCUGUGGACCGCACCCUGAGCGAGCUCAUGUCCCAGACCGGCCACCUGGGGCUGGCCAAUGCCUCGGCUCUGUCAGGUGAGCAGCUGCGCCGGACGCUGGCCGAGGUGGAGCGGCUGCUCUGGGAGAUGCGGGCCCGGGACCUGGGGGCCCCGCGGGCAGCUGCUGAGGCUGAGUUGGCUGCAGCGCAGAGAUUGCUGGCCCGAGUGCAGGAGCAGCUGAGCAGCCUCUGGGAGGAGAACCAGGCACUGGCCACACACACCCGCGACCGGCUGGCCCAGCAUGAGGCCGGUCUCAUGGACCUGCGAGAGGCCUUGAACCGGGCAGUGGACGCCACGCGGGAGGCCCAGGAGCUCAACAGCCGCAACCAGGAGCGCCUGGAGGAAGCCCUGCAAAGGAAGCAGGAGCUGUCCUGGGACAAUGCCACCCUGAAGGCCACUCUGCAUGGUGCUUGAGAUGGA